CUUUGCGAAUGUAGACAAUCAAUGAGCGAUCAAUAGACCAUAAUUGCUUUCGAGUACUUUCGAAGCACAAUUAUUUGUAUCUAUAUAAUAUACAUAAAUAUACAAAAAGUGAAAUUCUAAAAUUACAUAAAAUGUAAUCUUUAAACUUUUGAAGGAGGUCGCUUGAAAAAUUAAACACGACGCUUGAUUUUAAUCUUCUUCAAUCGACUCACCAUGUCCGCCGCAAAAUCGGACGUCUGAAGAAAUUGGAAGGAUGCCGGCCGGUAUUUCGACUCUGGCGCCGUCAACAGACGCGGGAUCUUUCGGGGAUUAUGAGACGAAGGAUCCGCCGGCUUUUACAAUUUUACAAAAAGACGGCCUGGACUCGAGUCUGCCGCUCUUACAUGUCAACGAGGACGAUGAGAUGAACGCAUCACGACUCACCAACUUGGAGAACAUAAAGAACGCAAUGAAGAAUAAUCUUUAUAAUGGCAGACGCAUCAGUAAAUCCAAUGAGCAUCUGGUGCUGGCUAGUUUACAAUCGAAUCAAGCCAAUCCAUUGAAGAAGAAGCAUCAGAGUAAAAGUCAGGAUAGUCUGGAUGUAGUUGAAGAGAGACUACCCACGGCUAAAUCUAGUAUCAUCUUAUCAACGGAGGACUUCAACGAGGUGCUGAACGCGAAACUUAAAAAGAUUCAAGAGCAAGCCGAGGCCGAGCAAGGCCGCAAAUCGCCUAAAAAAUCGAUCCUGCCACAGAAGAAGCCGUUCAUUACAACCGUGAAGACGGGGGAAUUUCUAAUGCCGCCACCGGAAGUGGCGGCCUUGCUCGGCAUAGCGCCCAGUGGAAACGACGAGGAAGCGACCGACGGAUGCCCUCUGAGAAGCAAGUUCAAGCCACUGGUAUCACUGGUCAAGAGACCGGAAGUACGUCACAGUAGCCACAAUGCCAGAUGUUCAGCCGCCCUAAAAGCCACCGUGGACUUUUCCCUCGGCAUGAUGAACGCCACCACUAUCGCCACUGCUUCAACCUUGAACGAGCAGGCGAGGAGGUUCAAGAGAAGCGAGCCGGCCAGAUUCCCGCAGACGCCGCGAGCUUUACCAAAAAAGUUGGAACCGAUCGAGGGCAUGACGAAUAUGCUGCCGAGACUUCGCGGCGAUCAGCCGAUUCCUUUCGGGAAUAUUAUGUUUGACCGCCGCGUUACUCGCGGAAGCACAACGGCUUCCGUUUCUACUCUCAUCGAUGGGGAACAAUCGAUAGCAGUGAGGCAAGCGGAAGCGAGACGAAGGCAUUUGGCGAGGAAACGUGCUCAAGUGCAAGUUUGCAGAUCGUUCGUCGCCAGAACGGGUUCACCCCCUCCAGUUCCUGGAAGAAAACACGAACCAGUGCAAACCGAGCUUUUCCUCGAGGAGUUGACAGAGAAGCCAGACGAAUCUGAAGUAGCCACGCAAACUGAUUACUUCUUAGAAAAACCAGUACUACCAAGCUAUCAAGUUCCAGACAAGAUUGGUCGGGAUGUCUAUACCCAAAUCGAACCGGGAGAACUUUUCGAUUAUGAUACUGAAGUCCAACCAAUUCUGACGGUAUUGGUAGGCAAAACUAUCGAACAAGCACUAAUCGAGGUUCUAGAGGAAGAGGAAAUCGCUGCUCUUAAGGAGCAGCAAAGAAGAUUCUUGGAAUUGCGCAUGGCUGAAAAAGCUGAGGAGCAACGAUUAGCGGAAGAAGAAAGAAGACGUAAAGAGGAGAAGAAUCGACGCCAGAAACAACAUGAAAAAGCGAUGAAGGCUCAACAGGAAACCGAAGAACGUGUCGCGGCUGCGGUAUUGUUAACGGGAUAUAUCGCCGAACUUUUACCCGCGGUUUUGGAAGGAUUAAAAAUGUCUGGCUAUUUAUUAGAUGAGAUCAAGGCUGAUGUUGAAGAAGGUUUCAUGCCGUGGUUAAUGAAAGAGGUUAAAAAGGAAAUGGGUAAUAUGAUCGAAAGCAGAGAAUUAUUAAUGGAAAUUAUUAGAGAAAUCUUAGAGAAUCGUGCACAAACAUACAAGCAGCUUGGUGAAGAGUAUGAUAUGUCAAGAGACAAGAGAUUAGUAAACGAAUAUAAUUUAGAAGGAGGUGAAACUGAUAGUAAUUUUGUGGAUUACGAAUCAUCCGCAAUGGGUGAAAAUAAUCAUGCAAUUUAGCGUGAUAAAAAAUUUGAUUAUUAUGGGAACGCUACACAACGCUUCAAGACAAAAUAAGAAGCUAAUUAUAUUCUAAGAUGUAAUACAUGGUUUAUUCAUAAUUCCGAAGAUAUAUAAAAAAAUUUAAGUACAUAUUAAAUAAAUAAAAAUGU